CUCCGGUCCCAGGAAACCCCUCCCCCCUCCAUUACAAAAUCAUCCGCUCCACCAAACACACGAGAGAACAGAACACUCUCUCUCCCACUCCCUCCGUUUUCUCCCAACACUCUUCUUCUUCUUCUUCUCCUCCUUCUUCUUCUUCUUUUUCUCUCUCUUUCCAUCUCCAAUGGAGAGCGAGUUGAAGCCGAUGGAUUCGGAGCAGCUGAGGGAGUACGCCCACAAAAUGGUCGAUUUCAUCGCCGAUUACUACAAAAUGAUCGAAUCCUUUCCCGUUCUUAGCCAAGUUAAGGGAUCAUCGUUGCCGUCACUAUCACCAUCGCUGGAGAAGGCAUCGUCGAGUCCAUAUCCUCCGCCAACAGUGAGAGAUCUUUGGUGGAUGUACCAACCAGGAUAUCUUAAGGAGCUCCUACCUGAUUCGGCUCCCUGCAAACCUGAAAAUCUUGAAGAUGUUUUCGAUGAUAUACGUCAGAAGAUAAUCCCAGGCAUCACUCAUUGGCAGAGCCCUGAUUAUUUUGCUUAUUAUCCGUCUAAUAGCAGCACUGCUGGGUUCCUAGGAGAGAUGCUCAGCGCCGGCUUCAAUAUCAUUGGGUUCAGUUGGAUAGCGUCUCCUGCCGCGACGGAGCUGGAGAUGAUUGUUUUGGAUUGGUUCGCUAAAAUGCUUAAGCUGCCUGAGCAGUUCCUUUCGACAGGGCAAGGUGGAGGGGUAAUCCAAGGAACAGCAAGCGAAGCUGUCCUUGUAGUUCUAUUAGCUGCAAGAGACAAAAUUUUAUUGAAGGCUGGAAGAAAGUCCCUUGAAAAGCUGGUGGUUUAUUGUUCCGAUCAGACACAUUCUGCUAUGCAAAAGGCAUGCCAGAUUGCAGGGAUAUUUCCAGAAAACUUUAGAGUGCUCAAGACUGAUAGCAGUUCAAACUAUGCUCUUCUUCCUGAAGUACUCAGUGAAGCGAUUUCCAAGGACUUGUCAUUUGGCUUGAUACCAUUUUUCCUCUGUGCUACAGUGGGCACUACCUCUUCAGCAGCUGUAGAUCCAUUAUUGAAACUAGGAAAUAUUUCUAAGGUCCAUGACAUGUGGUUCCAUGUUGAUGCUGCACAUGCGGGCAGUGCUUGUAUAUGUCCAGAGUACCGUCAUCAUAUUGACGGCGUGGAGGAAGCAGAUUCAUUUUGCAUGAAUGCUCAUAAAUGGUUUCUUACGAAUUUUGAUUGCUCGUUGCUUUGGGUAAAGGACCGAAGUGCUCUUAUACAAUCUUUGUCCACAAAUCCCGAGUUUCUGAAAAACAAGGCUUCACAAGAAAACUCUGUUGUGGAUUUCAAAGACUGGCAAAUUCCUCUUGGACGCCGUUUCAGAUCUCUGAAGCUUUGGAUGGUUUUGAGACUAUAUGGUUUGGAGAAUCUGCAAAGCUACAUCCGAGAGCACAUAAAGUUGGCUGAGCAGUUCGAACAGCUCAUCUCUUCUGAUUCUAGGUUUGAGAUUGUUGCUCCAAGGACCUUUUCACUUGUUUGUUUCCGCCUUCUCCCUCCUCUGUAUGACCAAGAUGAUGGCUAUAAACUGAACUACAAUCUCCUCGACGCAGUAAACAGAAGCGGGAAGAUCUUCAUGUCUCAUACUGUUCUUUCUGGCAAGUUUGUUCUGCGGUUUGCGAUCGGAGCACCCCUGACUGAAGAGCGGCAUGUCGUGGCGGCGUGGAAGGUGUUGCAAGAUGAGGCCACCAUCCUCUUAAGAGGCUCCUAAACAAUCACUUUUGCAGUGUCAUUUGUUCAUAAUUCGGGUACUUAAUUCGAGUUGAAUGGAAUUUAUAAUUUAAAUCCCUUCUAAUUGAUGCUGUGAAAGGGUAGACAUUUGCAUUGGACAAUUCAUUGAUGCUGUGAAAGAGAAGUUUGUUUGUCUAAGAAAAAUAUUGGAAUCAAUUUUGGAUCCACUUGUUCACUUGUUCA